UCUAAAAGUAAUAAACAGACACCGAUCCUCCUUCUUAAGGAGAUAAAGGGCCCAUGUCGAGAAUGGCGGAGAAGCCCAUCCACACCCCCGGCUCCGGAUGCCGGACGGUAGAAGAGUGCCAGGAUAUGAUUCGACGUAGUCUCCGAACUUCAAAAGUGAAAUUUUUGAAGGAGUAUUUGGAGAAAGCAGGGUGUGGGGUUGGGGACAAUUUCAUUAAGGCUGUUAAUUGUGAUAAGAAUAUCAGUGGUGGUUAUGUUCGUGGUGAAGGGAUAAUUGUGUGCAGUAAUCAAAUGAACAUUCAAGAUGAGGUCAACCAGGUGGUCAUACAUGAACUGAUUCAUGCUUAUGAUGACUGCCGUGCUGCAAACUUGGACUGGGCUAAUUGUGCCCAUCAUGCCUGUAGUGAGAUUCGUGCUGGCCAUCUAAGUGGAGAUUGCCACUAUAAAAGGGAACUGCUGCGCGGUUACGUGAAAAUAAAAGGCCAUGAACAAGAAUGUGUGAGAAGAAGAGCGAUGAAAUCAGUGAUUGCCAACCCAUACUGCUCAGAAGCUGCUGCAAAGGAUGCCAUGGAAGCUGUCUGGGAUGUCUGUUACAAUGAUACAAAGCCCUUUGAUAGAGCUCCUUGAAUCAUGCUAUGACUAUCAGAUUAGCUGCUGCUACUUCAUAUUUUUCCUUUAAAUGAUAUCAAAUAAGACAUUGCCUUUCAAGGGCUCCGGAACAAGCCCUAUAUGUUCACAAGAAUAUUCAAUUCUUUCCGACAGUUUUUCACAUUUUUCUCUU